AUGGAAGAGGCAAAUAUAGCCGAACAGUUUCAUUUUGCGAUCGGCCUCUUCUCCUUUAUCUUCUUCCCUGAUCAGAAUUUAUCACUUUCUCAAGGUAUGUAUACUGAAAGUUUUCUUCUUGCAUUUAGUUUGAAAGAUGAUCCAUUUAUUUACUUCUCCAUCAUGAAAAACUGCUUAACAAUGAAGGUUUUAGCCCCAUCAACAAUGGUGGAGUUCUUAGGAGAUGAUUCAGAAGAUGAAGAAAUAAAGAAUGUAUUCCUAUUAUCUGAUGCAAAUUAUGUUGAAGAGUUGGAGUUUCAAAAGGCAUUGAUGGCCUCCAUUAACACAUCUCAAGCUAAGGUUGACAUUAUAAUAAUCCCAGAUAGCCCUACUGAAGUAUUGCCCUCAAAAUCGAAAAGGAAAAACCUGAAGAGGAGAAAAUUGGAAACAGGCGAAGCAUCGCAGCAGUCAGACUGUGAAAUCUGCACAGAUAGAAAAGGAAAAAACGAAAUGUUCGCAGUAGAUGGCUGCUCUCAUUCAUUCUGCUCAAUCUGCAUAACCAAAUACAUAACUGUCAAAAUUGAAGAAAACGUUGAAGUGGUGCAAUGCCCUGGCCUGAACUGCAAUAGUGUCCUGGAGCUUGAUUCGUGUCGGCCAAGGAUUUCAACUGAAUUGUCAUCCAUGUGGGAUGAAAUGGCAUGUAAGUCAAUGAUUCCAGAGUCGCAAAAGUUCUAUUGUCCAUUUAGCGAUUGUUCUGCUAUGUUGGUGAAUGAUAAUGAUGGGGAGGAAGACAUUAGACAAGUAGAGUGCCCCAUAUGUCAUAGAUUGUUUUGUGCACAAUGCAGGGUCCCAUUUCAUGUGGGACUUGAUUGUGAAAAUUUUCAGAAGCUGAAUAAGAAUGUUAGAGGGUCGGGAGAUAUUGCGUUGAGAAUGAUGGCUAAAGAAAAUGGAUGGAUUCGAUGCCCUAAUUGUCGAUUCUACGUUGAAAAAACCAAGGGUUGUUUACACAUGACUUGCAGGUGUAAGUUUCAAUUUUGUUAUGCUUGUGGAAAAAAAUGGACAUCAACUCAUGGUGGUAAAUGUAGGCCUCCUCUUCCAAGGUAAUAACACCUUUAUAUGCAGCAUAGAGAUA